AUGUUGCAUCGAACAAGUCUUCGUCAUGUACAUUUAUUUACCGCGCUUGUUCCUGUGAAUAGUGUGAAGGCGCCGCGUCUCAUCAGUGGGGAGCAGCUUGAGACGGCCAAAAAGGCGGUGGUGGAGGCUGAGCCGCUGCUCGGCAAGGCACCGCUGGGGGCCGCGUUUGAUCUCAUGGCGGACCUGUCGAAUUUUCACAAGCAGCGAGAGUUGGACCGCGUUCUGGAGGAGUGCAUCACGUUUUACCGCUCUGAGCUCUAUAAGCCUCCUGUCACCGACCCUUUUCAGCGGCUACAGUUACAUGAGGCAAUCAUGGCGGCAGGAUUUUACCAGCGCUCGGCAAAGAAGAGUUUUCUUAAGGGGGAAAGCACGCGGUUUGUGUUGAACCACUACAACUUCGAUCUCCGUCGCGAUAACUCGAUCACCCGCACCGUUCACAAGACUCUUCAAGAAGGUCGCACCUCAACCACAGAGUCGGACAAGUUGCUCGGCGAUCUCCUUCUUUUAGAGCGGCGUUUAUUUGGUCGGAUGCGCUUUGCGCCAACAGCAGGGAGGCAAUGGUUCGUGCUGGGGCUCCCACUGGAGGAUAUUAAAACCGAGGCAGACGUUCAUCGUGUACUUAAUAUCCCUGUCGUAAAGCAACACGGCAAUUUUGAAACCAAGGAGGAAGACCUUGGAAAACUCUGGAAAAAGAUUAUCGUAUUCCCCAACACCGAGCCCACUUCCAGCUUUUACGAAGAUGGUGGCAUUGAGACGCAGGUUGCUGAGAAGGAUUUGAGGUUGGAGUGCCGGAUUCAAAAACCGGCACCUCCCUUGGAAUUUUGGGAUCGUGUGAAGGAUACCUUGUUGCGAUAUUGGGUGAUUUGGUUUUCUCUGUGGAUUAUGUUCUUUAUGGUUGAUGAGGAGAUAAUUACUGUGGUGGCAUUAAUCUUUCUAAAGUGGCGUCAGACGCAAAUACUUGAGGAGGAGGCGGAGAAGACGGGGGGGAAAGUCUACAUUGCGUCAGCUUCAGGUCGCUCAAGGGACAGUCUCUGA